GUGAAAUAAAAAAAAAAAAAACAUUGAAAGCGUCUCUGCCAUUCAGAGCAGCAGCUGCAGCUUCAGGGAAUUUCUAACUCCUCAACAAUGAGUGAAUCACUGGUGGUGUGUGAUGUGGACGAAGAUCUGGUCAAAAAACUGAGGCAGUUCCGUUUCCGGAAGGAGACCAACAAUGCGGCCAUCGUUAUGAAGAUCGAUAAAGACAAGCAGCUGGUGAUUCUCGAAGAGGAACAUGAGGAUAUUUCUCCUGAUGAUCUAAAGGAUGAACUCCCUGAGAGACAGCCAAGAUUUAUUGUCUACAGUUACAAAUACCAACAUGAUGACGGACGUGUUUCCUAUCCUCUCUGCUUCAUCUUCUCCAGUCCAGUGGGUUGCAAACCAGAGCAGCAGAUGAUGUACGCAGGGAGCAAAAACAAACUGGUGCAAACUGUUGACCUGUCCAAGGUGUUUGAGAUCAGACAAACAGAAGACCUAACAGAGGAAUGGCUCAGAGAGAAACUGGGGUUCUUCGGCUAAACUAAUCUCAUCCAGUGGUCUGGGAUGUGAGGAGGAUCCAGAUUGCACAAUCUCUUGGAGAGAACACGUCACAGUUAAUGUUUCCCUCCUCUUUGUACCGGACCUGAUUCAAACAGUGUUUGCAAAUACUUUCUGUGCUCAGUUUUGGUCCUCUUUGGCAGCGUUAACUGGAUAUUACUAUUCAGUGUGAAACUAACUAAACCUCACCCAUCUGGCAGCCUAAAAGUAAGAACACUAUUUGACGCAGGUCUUCUCUUGUCUCCCAUACAAUCUCUCCAUGUGCCAGUUAUGUGUCUGUGUUGAAUUAACACUCCCGUUAUAGCUCUUAAUGGUCAGAAAUUAAUAGUACUCAUCCGCCCUUCCUAAGCAUGAUCAUUCAGGAGAAUUUAAAGGCAUUUUAACAACAGUUUCUGUUUCCUUUGGUAGUUUACACUCAGCAUUUUCACCUUUUUAUGUUUAAUAAUAUUCCUUAACUUUAGGGAGUCUUACUUUGACUUUUUUAGUUUAUUUUCUGGCAUAUGUAGGGUAAUGUAAGCAUAUACUUUAUAGCAGUAAUCUCCUUUUCCAUGACAGACUUCCUGCCAGAACUUACGAACAAUCAUAGUUACAGUAUAGAGUUAAGUUUAGUCUCUCCUUCAGUAUUCAUUUAAGGGCAUUUAAAUUAUAAUUUAGGUAGCAAAGUGUAAUCACUCCAGUCUACAAAGGACAAUAACACUAAGACCAUUCCUGAGACUUAUAUGUGAUGUGUCGUACCUUCUCCUGUGCUCACACACAAGCAGGCAGAAGCCCUCUAGUGGUGCUCAUCAAGCUGCAGGCUCGUCCGUAAGUCCAUCCUCAGAUUGUUUCAUCUGUUUAGAGAAAAACAGACUCAUGGGUAAAGCUGUAUUCUGCCUUUGACCUGCAUGUUUGUUACAUCACACUCCUGACGACAAUAUUUUCACUGAAACAUUCCAGUUUAUUACCUACAACAAACCUCCGUCUCUGGCGACCAUGACAGUCUUGAAAACACUGCACACACACACACACACAGAGGGGGGGCAUUAGCGGCCCUCUUUUUAAUCAACUGGGCUCCUCUGUAUAAGUGGGUCACUGUGUCUUUAGGGGAGAUUGUUAGCUAAUAUUGUGCAUUAUAGCUAUUGCUGUUCUUAGUGUUAAUGAAUGUUGUGCUUCAUUCUGAUGUAAAGCCACGUCGAUCGCUUAGUGGUAGUCGCAGCCUUGAGAAUGGCGGCUGCGAUUCCUCCAAAUGCCAGUUGUGCUUAAUAUUUAGACUUGGUAGGUAAAGGACUGCUUCGAUUUACAUUUUUCAUACAGAACAGGGUUCGACCAAUAUAGCUUUGUGGAGGCUGAUGUUAAUGUUUGUGUAAUGAAUGUGCAAGCAGCUCAUAUUUGGUGCCAAUAUCCAACAUCUACUGUGCAGUCUGUAAGCAAAUACAGUUAGAUUUUUUUGUUGCUUGUCUCUGUACUCCAUCAUGUUGGGUUACAAAUGAAACACAGAGUGAAGUCAACAUUAGGCCUGGGUAGUAUCUUUUUUUUUCCACGGAGGUACACGUUGUAGCAUGUAUGACAUUGUCCAACCCAGUGGUUGACAUUUCCUAAAAACUUUAACAGAAAAACUGAUGAAUGUGAUUAAUGUAGAUCAAUUAAUCACAGAGCAUGUAAUUAGAUACAUUUUUUAAAAUUGCUUGACAGCCUGAAUCUCAAGAUAAAGUUAUAUGUGGCAAUACUCUUGAACAGGGGCAGAGGCAUUUUUCUUUACUAGUCCUGUAAUGUUAUCCCCACCCCUCGUCAUCUCAGCGUAGCUGCCUGUUCACCAGUAGAGACUGACCUCUGGUGGUGCAUGUUGUGUACUACAAUACAUCGCCUCAAUCCAGCAUCUUUUGAUUCAGAUUAUUUUGAUUCAGGAUUUCUAAAUACCUUGGUAUACUCUAAUACCCUGAUACCACCCAAGCUUAGCCAACAUGUCAAAUUAUAGCUUUUAGAACAUUUUAAAUCCAAUGUUCAGGAGUACAGAGUUAAAACAACACAAAAUAUGUCACUUUCCAAACACUUACAGACUCUAUUAUAUGUAUUUGGCUAUUUUUCAUGCCCCAAAAUGGCAGCUCUUCCUUGUUGCCCGCUGAAGAUCCUCUAAAACAGCAUUAAAACCAAUGCAACACACUAAACCCCCCGAAGUUGCUUAAAGGAUUAGCGGCUCUUAACAGCAGGGCGACCGGCUGCAGAUAGCUAAAGCUAUGUACUUAAAAUUUGCAAUUAAAAUAAAAAUCAUAUUGCGGGUGCUACAGGCUGGAGAGAAACCUCCGUUAUACCGGUGGUAGAUGACUCGAGUGGCAGAUUUCUGAACACUACUGAAGGCUGAGUAUCAGCUCUGUGUAUUGGUCUGACACUUACAAAGAAUAACAGGCAUAAAUUAACUCCACAUGUUUGCUCAUCAGUGUCGUCUCUUAUUGAGAAACUCCUACUCUGGAGAUGGUUAAGGGAGUGUUGUGGCUGAUUUGAAGCCCCAACGCAGGAAUUCCCCACCUACAGUAAUGUAUGAUGUCAUACUGCUAAAUCUACCAUACCAAUGCCUUGUCUUAAUUUUUUAUUUUGCAUAUUUACGUCUCUUGAUAAAAUAUUGAGGCUAAAAUGAAACAAAUAUGAAACAUUUUGUCGGGGGAUUCAUGUUUUUCUAACUUUAUAUUCUGCAAAAUCCAAAAAGAAAUAAUCUUUUUUUCUAUUUAUGUGUGAUUUUUGUUCUAAUAAAUAAUGGAAACGGUUUCUUUUUCCAGAGAUCUGGCUCAAAAGGUGUACACACAAUCACACCAUGUCAUGUAAAAUAUGACUCGUGUCUAAAGUUUGACAUCAAAACCAUUUGUGAUUCACGUUACAGGACAGGGUUUGAUCCAACAGGAAUAACGGGGUAUAACUGAAACCAUUUGUUUUGCUGCUCACUGAUCCCAUCAACGCUAAGAUCUACACUGUCAGCUUGACGUUAACCAUUAUUAUGCUGCUGUAGCAGAAUGAAACUCCAGCGUGACUGAUUCUCAUGGUUAAUCAUUUCUGUUCGUACUUGAGCUUAAGUCGUUCGCUGUCCUCCGUGGAUAAAGGAAGUUUUAUGACAAUACGACCUGCAAAACCCUUUUUACGGAGACUAUGAAAGAAAUACUUAGCUGUCUUUAAAAUUCAGCUCUUUAAACAUCUAAAAUUUGGAGAGCUACUGUGAAAGAAGUGCAUGAUUUAAUGUUUAUCUGAACAGUUUUCAUAAGUCAACAUUUCUAAGAAUGUGCUGCUCUUUUGCAUGCGCUUCAAAUUAUUAACUUUAUUUGAUUAAACUGGAUUUAUUUGCGAUUCUUAAAAGAGUCUUUAAAAAAGGGGGCGAAACUUGCAUCUCAAACAUCUGGUCUCAGCUGUGCUCUGAAAUAUUUACACUGACAGAACUUCCUUUGAUGAAACCUUCUGCUACUGCUACUUUUCAUGAAAAUGGGUUGUAAUAAACUGUCCGCUGAUCAUGUAUCAAAAUCAAUCUCCCCAGUAUGUUUUCUUCUUAACUCAGAGCUCCCUUUGGUUUUGAGCCAUGUAUCUGGUUAUGUCCUGUGGAUCUAGUAGCUUUCCCUCCUAUGUGGUGAACCUGUUGUAUAUUUGGCCUCUUUGUUCAGCUCUUGGUGUCCUCUGAUCAAAUGCUUACGAUCCUUUUUUCUUUCCUUUGUAAUAAAAACACCUGAGACAUGUAUCAUUACCAGCUGCCUCAUGGCAUCCGUGAAACUUGAGAUAUUUGUAUUUUUCCCAUACUUUAUAAAGUGUCUAUUGUCCUAUUGUCCAAAUAAAAAUGACAGUGAUGUUUA